AUGACUUCGACUGAAGACGAAGAUCCCUAUGCUCAAAUCGCUCGUUUACGUUCAGCGAACACUCAAGCAGCUGAAUACGGUCUGGCAUUGAUCGAUGAAAAAAAUCUCCUAGAAUCCAAACAUAGGGACUUAGAAAAUCAACAUGAAUUGCUGAAAUUAGAAUACGAACAAUUAAAAAGUCAAUUGAAAACCUUUCAAGCUCAUAAACGAGAAGAAACUUUAAAAGGUGAGACCAAUGAAGAAACACUUCUACACGAAAAGCAAACACGGGAAGAAUACAUGAUGAGAGAAAUUACACGUCAUGAACAUGAUUUACGUGCUUUAAAACACGACAAUGAACGUUUACAAACGGAAAACGAGAAGAUCACUGCGACAUGUCAAGAAUUAACCGAUCGAAUCCACGAACUGGACGAAUUAAAGGUGAAAUUGAAAUAUGAAUUGAAGGAGUCGAAAGCGCAGGAACAAAGAUUGAUCGAUGCCAAUACUGAAUUAGAAGAAGACAAUGUGACAUUGCAACAGCAAGUGCAAAAAUUAAGAGAAAAUCUCAUUGAUUUCGAUGGUUUGAAACAUGAAAACAAACAAUUGCAAGAAAAUAUCGAUGAUGUACAUCGUAUGAUGAAAGAAUUGGAAUCUCUUAAAUCCAUUUCUGAAUCUCAAUUAAUUGAAUUGCACAAUAGUCUUCGCGAUGAACGAGAGCAAAAACAUAUUUAUAAACAACAACUCGAUCAUCGAAUCCAACAGGAAACUCUACGAAAUCUCGAUUCGUUACGUAUGACACUGAAUGGUCAUAAUGGAACUCACGUAGAUGACGAUUAUCUAAUCGAAGGCGAUGAUGAUGUUGAAGAUGAUGAUACCAGUCGUGUUCCUUCAUCAACUGAAUACAGUGAUAUGCUCGAGAAUGAUCAACAAGAACAACAACCUGUGGGAAAUCUAUUCAGUGAAAUCCAUGGUAAUGAAAUUCGUAAACUUGAACUCGAAUGCGUCCAAUUGUCUCAAAUAAAAUCUUCUCUUGACAAUCAAUUGUUAACUAUCAAAGAGAAAACGAAAAUACUCUCGCAUAAGACUCAACAUUUGAUAGAGAUUGUUUCGCCAAAUAAAUCUCAAACGCCAGAAUCGACUUCCGACGAUGCGAAUCAGUUGUUAAGUGUAACACUUGACUCGAUCGAACAACUCGAUUCGAUCAUUAAUAAGAAUCUUCAUUUGUUCAAUGGCGAUCAAGAUCUAUUGAAGAAGAAAUCCGAUGAUCAGGAAAGCACAAUUAUGAAGUUGAAACAAGAUAACAAUGUUCUAAUGAAACAAUGCAAUGAUUCUCAAACAUUGUUCACUAAGAAUCAUGAUUAUCUAAUGAAUUUAAGCGAAGAAUUAGAAACGCUUUACAAAUAUUUCUACACGUCAGUUGGUCUAACAGCACCGACAAAUGAUUUUGAAGCACGAAAACAGCAAGUAUUGAAUUCCAACAACAAAAUCAUUGACCCAUCGGUGAACCAACAACUUUUGGAAAUCCUUCAAGAACAAGUGAAACAUUUCCGACAAUCGUUCGAUCAAGUUUUACACCAAUUGAAACAUCAAGGCAAAGAAAAUUCGCCCAAUAGUGAACCAACAUCUUCAUCCAAUGAAUUACCUAACGAUACGAAAGAAUUGCAAGAUCAAAUAAUCAAACUACGAUCAUUGUUGACAACUAAACGUGAACAAAUCGGUACAUUGCGUACAGUUCUCAAAGCCAAUAAACAAACAGCCGAAGUGGCAUUGGCUAAUUUGAAAUCGAAAUAUGAAAAUGAGAAAUUGAUCGUCACAGAAACGAUGUCGAAACUACGUAAUGAACUCAAAUCUUUGAAAGAAGAUGCCGCAACAUUUGCAUCGUUACGCGCAAUGUUUGCCGCACGUUGCGAUGAAUAUGUGACACAAUUAGAUGAACUGCAACGACAAGUCCAUGCUGCCGAAGAAGAAAAGAAAACAUUGAAUUCUCUGCUUCGUAUGGCAAUUGAACAAAAACUGGCGUUAACACAAAAACUCGAAGAUUUAGAAAUGGAUAAUGAACGAGUACACACAACUGUCGCUACUCCGAAACGAACAAAUAAUUUGAGUGCUACUCUUUCAACAGCUAGUGCAACAACACCAACUACGAGUGGAUCACCAAUGGGAUUGUUAACGACAGUUUCGAAUACAGCGACUAACAAUAUGGUAAAUAACAAUCAAAACGUUGGUAACAAUGGACAAAGUCAAGAACAAAGGCGCGGAAGAUUCAUACCACCACGAAUGAUGCAAGCUCUUGCGUCAAAUCGAAAUCAACAAGGUCGUCAACACAAAGCAUUUACUUCUCCAACCUCACACACACCUCCAUCAUCCAAAUGGGGCCAUUAA